CAUACACAGGACCACAGUAUGGUAGUACACAGUAAGUUCGUUUCCUGCUGGUAUGGUAUUGGCACCAGAGCCGUCGAGCGGGGGCGAAAAGGAAAGAAGGGAUGUCAGCCUGUAGAGUUGUGGCUUCUCGAUGAGAUCGACAUUCCAGAUGCACGAGAAAAGCAAUAUUGUACGGUGGGGUUGGGGGUUGAAGAAGAGAUUAGCCGCCGUUACCGCCACUGGUCCCGGGAUGCGGCCGGUCGAUCCGGGAAGCCACCGUCAUGUUCCUGACCGACUCUAUUCAGCUAUCGUGGCUACCCUCGAGCACUGCAUCAAUGCUCAGAUGGGAAGUUGGAAAUGUGCAAAGCCAAGCAACGCAGGUAUUUGGCCCCCAAGUAUGACCCAGGCUCUCGACUUGAGAGUAAGUCAGCAAGCAACAAAGGUAGAGGGAGCUUGGCAACAGCGGGGAGAACAGCCGAGGGUGAUGGGAGGUUGGUUUCUGAUCUGCCCAACCAAUGGGUUAUGACGUUGAGAAAGCAAGAGCCAAAGGAAAACAAAAGAACAGGAGACGGAAAGAAAGAGGACGGAACCCGAAGAGAGAGAUACGAGAUGACGACAACCCACUUCCUCACGAUAUUGUUUCCCAUCUUGUGGCGGCCCAGCGGGUAACCAGGGUAGUCCAUCCACCUACGUCAGGCUUAGUUC